AUAAAGAGUGUAUAUGAGGAAGUUCGUAGAGAAAUAGGAUUCUCAGAAUUGUGUAAAUCUCAGUUGAGUGUGUGUUGAAGUCGAAUUAAAUGGAGAAACAGGGGAAACAGGGGAAUAACAAUAUGAUCUUGAAAUUUCUACCCAAGGCGGUAUGCGCCGUCGCCUUCCAGAGCCCGCCUUUCAGUCCCGGCAAAGACAAGAGAUUCUGCGGUCCGAUUGUGUCAAUAAUUCCCGAUGAAGCUCGGAGAAAAACGUCGAAGAAUGAAAGUUUUGAAACGCCAGAACCCACUUCCCCGAAGGUGUCCUGCAUGGGACAGAUCAAGCACAAGAAAAAUAUCCGAAAAGCUAAACGUGCAACAGCGGCGCGUGAAGGAAGGGAUCAUAACAAGCCGGUCUCUUCUCCUAAAGAGGUGAAGAAGCAUUCGUCGGCAGUUUGGAGACUGUUUACCAGCUCAAAGCCGCCGAGGAAAUCUGAUGUGCCAGAUGAAACUGAGCGGUCACAUUCGGAAGAUGCCCCGUCAUUGGCACAGAUGAAACGGUUUGCCAGCCGCCAUGAUACGCUUUCUGGGUUUGAUUGGACGACUCAGAUUGCAGCGGUGGAAGGCGAUCAUCGCCGGAACUGCUAUUCCGACGGAGAUCAGGGAGGCAAGGGAAGCGAUGGAGAAGAGGAGGAGGAGAUUACUUCUUUUUCAGUGCCGAUAAUGGAGGCUGGUAGAGUGCCGCUGGAGCCAAAGAAAGAAAUUAAUCUAUGGAAGAGAAGAACCACUAACCCACCAACUCCUCUUCAAUUGAAUCGCAUGGUUAGAGAAAAUUGAAUGUCUUUUUAUCCAUUUGUUUUUUCGUUAAUUAUAGAUUGUAAGUACAUGAAUAAUUCAUAUAAAAAUAUCUCUUAAUUUGUUCAUAAAAUAAAUAUUAAUUAAACACAUCUCCUGGUUAAUUUCUUAAUUCAUUGUUUAAGCUUUGGGAGAUUGCUUUGAAAUUAAUCAAGUGUUUAUAUUAAU